UCAUGUAAUUUCAGAUGUUUCUACUUAUGUUAUGACUGUGCAUGGUAUGAAAGCUGAAAAAUAUAGGGACUAUUCUCAAUUAGAUUUCAUAGCAACAAAAGCUACAUUUAGGAAAUUUAUGACAUCUGUAACUGCAGAUAUAAAAAAGAAAUUACCCAAUUUUUUUUUGGGAAUUCCAUAAUAUUAGUUUGGUUCACAAUUUGAUGGAAGUAAAAUUUAUACUGUAUGUAAAUCGAAGCAUUGCUUUAUCUGAAAAUUCAUUAAAUGAGAAGGACAUUUAUGACUUGCUGAUUUCAUCUAGAGAUAAAAUAAAACAUUCCGUGAAAGAAUGGAAGGAUGUUUCUUUUACAAUCAAGAAUGCAGAUUUUUGUUUUGAAGAAAAUGUUAUGAGUGCAGAGACAGGUUAUGGGAAGGUUUUGAAAUGGAAAGGAACCGUUCAAACCAAGCAUGCAGUGUCUGAGCCAUUAUGUUUGAAUGGUUGGAAGCUACAAACUCGCGUGUGCAGGCCUAGCCUUACGAUAGGAGCUGAUUGGUUACCUUUCAAUUAUUCCACCUGCACAAAAUUUCAACAUUCAAUUAAAGAUCUAGAAAUCAGUUGCUCUGGGGAUUUUAAAACUUCAAAUCAAGGAUUGUGUUAUAAAUUGCAUCAUAGUUUGCAAUCUUGGGAUGAAGCUUUGGAAACCUGCAGUAAUGUUUCAAGUUAUUUAAUUGAUUUUAAUACCUUCCGAGAGAUUGCUUCAGCAUCUUCAUUAGAAUCAUCUUCAUAUUGGCUUCCUGUAAAAAUUUAUCCUAGCGAAACUUUAUUUGUUGGUAUGAAUUCUGAAAAUAAGUGGAUUUAUGAGAACAAUCAGACAUCUUCUUUGAGGAAUGAUGAAAUAGUUUGUGCUGUGGCCAAAGUUGUAAAUGAAGUGAUUCAAUAUGAUUUAGCUUCCUGCGAUGCAAAAAUGCCAUUUAUUUGUAUUCAUCAUCCUUUGAAAGUAUUAGAAGCUUUCAUGUUUACGAAACAGUGGCAUAAGAUUGCUGGUGAAGAAUCGUGUUAUCAUAUAGAAUCAACAAAGAAAACUUGGGCAGAAGCAAAUGAAAGUUGUUCAAGUUUACCUUUUAAUACAAGUCUGUUACAAAGCAUGUAUAGUUGGCACAAGUAUUCUUUUUUCAAGAUCCUCUUGCAAGCUACGCCAGUAAAUAAAGUUUCCUCUUGGUGGAUGGAUUUAAUCCAAGAAGGCAAUGAGCUACAAUCAUCACAUGACAUGGAGUUUGUAGAUUGGAAGGCAGGCACUAAUUUUAAUUUGUCUAAAUCUGCUGGCCUUAUAACUCAAGAUUCCAAGCAUGAAAAUAAAAUGAAAUGGACACUGAAGGAACCUUCCUCUAAAGAGUCAUCAAUAUGUGAAUUGAGGACUGCUGAAUUGAUGGAAGAUAAUGGUCCUACACAUGCUUAUAUUGAAGAUCGAACACUGCCUCUGCAUUCUUCUACCAAUUUUGAAGAAUCAAUAUCAAAAUUUGAUUUCCGUUGUGUUCCUAGUGGCUGGUUUCUGUUAAAUAGUAUUUCUUGGUACAAAGAUGGUGAUUAUUUAUCACCUGGCUUUAAUACUAGUCGAUUAACUUUAUUUGUUGAAUCUCACUCAAAUUUAGAGCACAUACUUUCAUACCAAGGCUAUUAUUGGUGUUCUGUUGAUCAAUUGUUUCCUUUAAAAAGAAUUUAUUCUCCAAAAGUACUGUACAGAAUGCCAGGUGUCCAUACUUUUAUUUUGGCUCUUUAUAUGGAUGAGGAUCUACAACAUCAUUCUUGUUUUAAAGUUAGGACAGAAACACAACUUCCGCCUGAUUUUUUGCAGUUUUUUAAAGAUGAACUUCCAGAAAGCUUUUUGCAUGCCCAAAUAAGAAGCAAGUCCUGUGAUAACAAAGACUUGUUCAUACAUCUAUAUUUCAAUGGCACAGUGAAAAAUGAAAAUAUUAUGUUAAGAAAUAUUCAAACUUCGUUUUAUUUACACAGAACAGCUAUCAAUGCUUAUCUGAAAAAACAUUUCAACACAAGCAGUUUUCUUUUAAGAAGCACAGUAAGAUGUUCUGAAGAACAGACUCUUGUAAGUGAAAUGGUUUUUACCUGGCCUACCACACCCUUAAAACAAUUUGCAGUGUCUAAAGAAAUGUGCACAACAGAAGAAGGUAUUCCUCUCAAAAGACAAUGCAUGGGAGACUUUUCUGUUGGAGCAUUUUGGGCUCCAGUUAAAGGAAACUGCGUUCCAGUUCAUUCAGAUAUCACCAUACAUUUACAUAGAUUAGCAUCAAAUAAUAUCACAGAAGAGAAUAUUUUGAAUUCAUCAAUUAGUUUCCUGCAACUGACAACUAAUCCUAAUAGUUUGAAUUCUGCUGAUAUCCACUAUGCUUCUCAAAUUCUGAAAAAUAUGGCUGAUGUUUCUUCAAUUGCUAUAGAGGUGUUGGAUAACAUUGUUUCAACUUUAGAUCACCUUAUUCAAGCUGCAAAUGCGAUGCAAACUAACAGCUUAUCUUCAUCUAAUGUUUCUAAUGAAUUAAUUGCUUCAUAUGACAGCAUAGUUUCCAGAAUUGAAACUGGUGAUCAAAUAAUCAAAUUCGCUAGAAAUAAUAUUGCUCUCAGCAUAAUUCCUUUGAACACUUUGGAAUAUAGAUUUACUACAGGAGGUAUUCUGGAAGAUUGGAAUAUGAACAUUACUACUCUCUAUAAUGGAAGUGAAAGACAAUUGAAUAAAGUGUUUGGAGACUUCGAAGCUGGAAUUGUCUUACCAGAUUCCUUGGUGGUGGAAAAAUAUGCUGAAAAUACUAGCAAACUAGCUGUAACUAUACAACAGAGCUUUCAUUUUGUGAAAAAUAUUGCAGUUGUAAGUCCAUUGAUCGCUGUUUCUCUCGGAAAUCGACAUAUAUAUGAUGUUAAUCCUCCUAUCGAGAUGAUUUUUAAAAUUCACGAGGUAGUUGAUGCAGGUAAUGAAUCAGAAUAUAAGUGUGCUUAUUGGGAUGAGCAAUUAAAUGAGAACUUUGGUGGGUGGUCUUACAAAGGAUGUUUCUCUCAGUUGAUUCAUGAUAACCAAAUGCAAUGUUUAUGUGAUCAUCUUACCAGCUUUGCUGUCAUUCUAGAGCUAAAACCUGGAGAUCAAUUGUUAAUUGGUCACGAAAUGACUUUAAGUAUUAUAACAUACAUUGGAUGCAUUUUGUCCAUUUUGGGUUUAGGGAUAAUAAUUCUUACUUUUGUCCUUUUCAGAAAAUGGAGGAAGGAAUUGAAAAACAAGGCCUUAUUUAAUUUGUCUUUAGCACUUAUAAGUUUCCUCAUCAUUUUCUUAGCUGGUAUUGAAAGUAAAAACUCUCAAUCUAUUUGUUUGGCAGUUGCCAUUUGUCUGCAUUUUUUCAUGCUGGCAUCCUUUGCUUGGAUGCUUGUUGAAGCUCUUGUGCAGUAUCUUAGUUUUGUGAAAGUGAUUGGUACUUACAUUCCAUGCUUCAUGCAAAAAGCUGUGGCUUUUGCUUGGGGUACACCCUUACUUAUUGUAAUAACUGUGUCAAGUAUAAAUUAUGAGUAUUAUACUUCAAGAGAUAAAUAUUGUUGGCUGUCAGGAGAUAUGUUUUACUAUGCGGUUGCUACUCCAGUUUUGUCCAUGUUGAUUUUAAAUUUUCUCAUCUUCAUCAUAAUUCUUUAUUCUAAUACUUGUGGAAGACCAAGUAAGCGUCUCAGAAGUAAUCGGGAUGAAAGGAAAGAAGCAAUCACUACUGCUAGAGCCAUGUUCUGUGUAUCAGUAUUACUAGGUUUGUCUUGGAUCUUUGGUUUCUUGGCUGUAGAUGGUGCUAAACUAUUAUUUCAGUAUUUAUUUGCCUUGUUCACUACUUUACAAGGAUUCUUUAUGUGUGUCUUCUUUGUAUUUCGUCAAAAAUCUACUCGUGAACUAUGGUUUACUUGGAUAACUCAAUCACCCACCUCAGAUUCUUCUCGCACUUCUCAUAUCACAGAUAUCACAAAUAGGGCUGUCAGUAAUCUAUCCCGACAAAGCACACCAAACAGAUUAAGCAAAGCUGUGUACAAAACUAGACUCUCUUACAUUUUGUUCAAUUGAAAAGUGCCAAAAAAUUGUACACAUUAAAAUCUUUAUUAAAAAUUGUAAAUAGGGCAGAAAAUUAUUCAUAGCGCAUCUCAAGUUAAGUCAUCUGUAUGUUUUUUUAUUGUUUAUAGAAAUAAAUUUAUGUACUUAAUAAA